UAUCUAUCACGUGACACUGGUGUUGUCAGCUGGGCAGGACGCUGCAAAGAUGGUGAUCUUCAGUGUGUACGUGGUGAAUAAAGCUGGAGGUUUAAUUUACCAAUAUGACAAUUAUGUUCCGAGGACUGAAGUCGAGAAGACCUUCAGCUACCCUUUAGACUUGGUGCUCAAGCAUCACGAUGAAAAGGUGAUCGUGUCGUUUGGACAGCGGGACGGGAUCAGAGUGGGCCACGCAGUGCUGUCAAUCAAUGGAGUCGACGUGAUCGGAAAGAAUACGGCAGAUGGGAAGGACACCAUUGAAUAUUUGAAAGACUCCACAAACUACCCCGUGUCUAUUCGCUUCGGACGAGCAAAACUGAGCUCUAACGAGAAGCUGAUGCUGGCGUCCAUGUUUCACUCAUUAUUUGCUAUAGGUUCUCAGCUCUCCCCGGAAGUUGGCAGUUCAGGGAUCGAGAUGCUAGAAACGGAUGUCUUCAAACUCCACUGCUUCCAGACUCUAACAGGUAUAAAGUUUAUCGUGCUGGCAGACCCCCGUCAGUCUGGUAUUGAUGCGCUGUUGAGGAAGAUUUACGAGAUCUAUUCAGAUUUUGCCCUCAAGAACCCGUUCUACUCUCUGGAAAUGCCAAUCAGAUGUGAACUCUUUGAUCAGAAUCUGAAGAGUGCUCUGGAGGUGGCAGAGAAAGCUGGAAACUUUGGAGCUGGCUCUUAAACCAGAGAAGACGGAAAGAAAAUGAGUAGAUUUUGUUUGCGUGGACUUUUCUGAUAUUAACCCAAUGUAAAUAUGCUUUGUAAAUACUUAAAUGAUUAAAUCACAGUGUAUAAAUGUU